AUGAUUUUCACAUCAUCGUUGCAGGGCCCCGCUACCCCGUCCUUUAGCGGCGACUGGCGUGGCGGUGCUGCCGGGCACCAGGCGCCGCAAGUGGGCGCCCCGCGCGCGGCGCGGCCAGCGCCGGUGGUGGAGAACGACUCGGAGGAAGAGGCACCGGACCCCUCCAAUGAAAAGCCACAGGUGAAGCUGAUUUGGGACGCUACGAAGGGCCAGCUGGUGCCCGAAGGCGAGGAGGACACUGCGGCGGAAAAAAAGGAUUCCAAGGCCACCGAUGCAGCCGCGGAAGCCGACGAUGAAGCUGGAGAAGGUGAAGAAGAAGAGGCUGAGGAAGGAGAUGACGAAGUUGAUAUGGAGGCGGAGUCGCGCAACGCUUUCCUGGCGGAGGCCUCUACACCGGAGCUGAUCAAACAGGCGGUGGCUGUUGGGGGACCUUUGGCAGAUUCCACCAAAGACAAGUGGGUCUUAGAUCAGGCAACUCAGCUGUACUUCAAGUACGACUCCCCUCGACAGAAGAUGUUUUGCUGGAAUACAUCACAAGGCUGCAUGUAUCACUGGAAGGAAAGAGGCAAGAUGACCUUCCUCUGGGCUGCCCCUGGUGGCGCCGGCACCCCACCGCCCGCCUCAGUGGAACACUUGGCACCGGCCGUGGCACCGGCGCCGGUGGCGCCGGCCGUUCCGGAGGUUGCUGCCCAAGCCUCGGAGCCUGAGCCAAGUGCCACAAGUCAGGUGGCCUUAUGGGUGACCAUCAUUCCACCGCAAGUCCUCACCGCAGACUUCGAGGACGCCAAUGCCCAGGCUGAAGAGGAAAUUGAGCUCAAUGCCAAAGCCAUGGGCGCUGUGAUCGGUAAGGGCGGCAAAGGCAUCAAAGAGAUUGAGCAAGCGACUGGUGUCAAAGCUACAACAUUGAAUGCCAGGGAGGAGGCCGGUGGACAACGUCGCGUGGUGCUCUCGGGCUCCAAGGCGCAGAUCUCGCAGGGGAAGAGCGCCAUCGAGCAGCGCAUUGUGAUGGUCCUGGGGAUGAAGAUGGCCGAGAAGGUGCAAAAACACUGGAGCAGUCAACUCUUAGAGAAGAAGCGAACUGAGACGGGCUCGGAAGCCGCCAAGAGCGGGGUCCGCGGCCUGAGCGACUUCGUGCUGGAGCACGGCUUGAAGGCCGUCAUGGCACGGAAGCUGGCCAAGUUGGACGCCCAGCUGCAACGCUACAUGAUCCGGCAUUUCCAGCCCAUGAAAGCCAAAGCGGUGAAUGCCCUGAGAGGAUAUUUGACGCAGCUCUUCAAAUAUCCCCAGCGCUGGAGAUUAGAAGCUCUUUACGAAGAUGGCGAGCUGGAUGGGGAGAUUUGUGAGACUAUUCCGCUCCGCGGCAGCGGGAUGGUCUUGGGCAAGAGCCCAGAAGAAGGGGAACAGGCGAUCGAAAUCGAGGUGAACACAGCUCUAGGACAAAAAGAGGCAUCCAAGAUCUACGGCGAUGUACAGGACCAGCACUGCCGCUUGCACCGCAUGGGCAACGACUUCUACGUUAUGGCCUUGGAGUCGCAGAUUGGGACGCUGGUGGAUGGACAGAAGAUCCGGCACCAUGAUGGGCCCGUGCCCUUGCGCGAUGGUACCACUCUGGGCGUUGGGAAGUACCUCUUCUACUGCGAAGUGGGGAGUGAAACUUUCCUUCAGGAGCGUCGGAAGAAGCUCUUGGCGGGAGAGAGGUUCUGGAAGGAAGGCAGCGCCAGUUUGCAACGCGCAGAAACCGAAGCCGAGGCUAAGCUGGCACAGGCCGCAGAAGAAGGUGAGGACGAGGCAGCAGACGCAGAUGCAGAAGGCGAUGCCGAAGAUGAGGAGGCCGUCGACGUUCUUUUCACCGACGGCGACGCGGAGGAAAACGAAGACUUGCCGAUUGACAAGAGCAAACAAAACGAGGAGCAGCUUGACGCUGCCAAGCGAAAGAGAGAGGAGGAACCGCCCGAGGGCGAAAAACGCUUCAGAGCAGAUGCGGCCGAAGAGCAGGAUGCACCAAUGCCCGAGGCCGUGGUGGAUGAGGUGGAAGAGCUUGCGGAGGUCGAGGCACCUGCAGACAGCGGAUGA